ACAAAAUCAAUUAUCUAACAAGGUGGAGCGCUAGACCUACUGUCACUCUGACAAGAGUGAGGUUAUUCCAAAAUUUCAAAAAUAAUUAAUAGGAACAAUGUUUCAAAUACGACGUUGCACCCGUAUUGUAAAAACCCUUCGGUCGUAUUACACCGUCAAGAGUAACGAGUCCGUCAAAGACCCUCAUCAAGUGGCUAAGCAAAUUUACUCAAAAAUCAAAGCCACCGGCCCUAUCACAGUCGCUGAAUACAUGAAGGAAGUGUUAAUAAACCCUUUAGGUGGCUAUUACAUGCACAAAGACGUGUUUGGUGAAUCAGGGGACUUUAUUACAUCCCCAGAACUCAAUCAAAUGUUUGGAGAAAUGGUUGCCAUUUGGUUUUUGAAUGAGUGGUCUAAAGUGGGGUCCCCUAAACCAAUUCAAAUUGUUGAAUUAGGGCCAGGCCGUGGCACUUUAAGUCAGGAUUUGUUGCGAGUGUUUGACCAUUUCGGCGCACUACAGAGUGCCACUUUGCACUUGGUUGAAGUCAGUCCUCUUUUGAGUGAUUUGCAAGCAAGGAAACUGUGUAUCCAGUCGGACAAUAUUAUUGAUAAAAAGUCUGUGAUACAUAGGCAAGGGAUAAGUCAUCAGGGGAUUCCCGUAAAGUGGUACAGGCAACUAGAUGAUGUUCCGAAUUGUUUCACGUUAUUGGUAGCUCAUGAAUUUUUUGACGCUUUGCCUGUACAUAAGUUCCAAAAGACUAAAGACGGUUAUAGGGAAAUUUUAAUAGAUAUAGACCUUUCUAAAGAAUGUUCGUUUAGGUAUGUUAUAGCCAGAGAGGAAACUCCAGCUUCAAAACUUUAUAUUAGACCAAAUGAGACUCGCGAACAUUUUGAAAUAUCGCCUGAAAGUCUAGUUUUAGCCAAACAAAUUGCAGAGAGAUUAGAAAUAGACGGUGGUUUAGCCCUGAUUGCUGAUUACGGCCACAAUGGCAGCGGCACUGACACAUUCAGAGCCUUCAAAAAGCACAAAUUGCACGACCCUUUGGUAGAACCAGGCACUGCAGACCUCACAGCUGAUGUAGAUUUUGACGCACUUUCAAAAAGCGCCACUGAAGCUGGAGGGGUGAUCACUUUUGGGCCAACUACUCAGCGAGACUUUUUGCUCAAAAUGGGGAUAGAGCAUCGGUUCAAGGCACUUAAAGCAAAUGCAAAACCGGACCAAAUAGAGGGUUUAGAAUUUGGGUACAAAAUGAUGACUGAAAGCAACCAAAUGGGCGAGCGGUUCAAGUUCUUGGCGCUUUUACCAGCCGUUUUGGAGAAACUGUUGAAGAAGUAUUCAGUUGCUGGGUUUCACUAAUUAAUGUUAAAUAAAAAUAAAAAUGAGAACAAGUUUUAAA